AUGACAUGCACCUACGAAAUUUUCCUACGCCUUCUCCGAAAUGGAAGUAAAUAUUUAUCUGUUUAUUUCCACACCUCCUAUGGAAAUCCCUAUAAUUCAGAGGGUACGGGUCUGGAAAGAUACAGGUAUUCCCGACUUCACUAUCCCUUAUUAAUCGCCCUUUCUCAUUAUGCAUUCCUAAACGAACCGUUGAAUCAAGUCACUAAUUUAGAAAACGACGGAAAAGAGCGAGAGGUUAAAUUGUACGAAUGCGGAAUUCGUUGUCCUCGUACUAGUGCGCCGUGUAUGCAUCCAUUAUAUCAAGACACGGCGAUAUCAAUUCGUUUCCAACUUUUAGUAUCCCGGAUUCACCUAGGACAAGUUAACUAA